AACAGUCGACAUAAGGCUAAAAAGAUAGAGAUGAACGCAGAACGUUAAAAUAGAGAAAUAAGAAAGGCAGAGAAAAGUAUUUCUUUUCUUUUCAGGGGAUUUUCAACAAGAAUAGAUCCCUUAUUUUUCAUUAUCCGCUACAUCCUUUUUGUUUUUCUUCAAGAAACUAUGAAUCUUUUCCAAUUCUCAUAAACCCUUCUCAUAUUCGCAAUGAUGACGACAAUAUUCCCACAAAUUUUCGCCACUUUCACAGAUUACAAACCCCAAAGACAAGCUUUUUACACUACAAAAUCACGACAAUCCACCAACUCUUUUACAAGGAGAUACGUUUGUUGUUUUCAUCAACAAAAUUCUAGAUUGGGUUUUGAAUCCAGAGUGAAAUUGUCACUGAGUAAACAUCAGUUCGAUGAGAAUCUAAGCAAGAAGAAGAGGGUCGUUCUUGUUAGGUCUAAUAAUCUUAAAUUCAAUAGCUCAGGCGGCGGCGGCGGCGGUGGCGGAAGAGACGACGGCAGUACAGCAAGGGUUUUGGGGAAUCUUGCUUUGGCUAUCGGCUUGACUUAUCUUUCUUUUACUGGACAGCUUGGUUGGGUACUUGACGCCAUUGUUUCCGUUUGGCUUCUUGUGAUUCUUGUCCCAAUUGUGGGUUUAGGAGUUCUUAUUUGGUGGGCAGGAAAAGACAUGGUUCAAAGCAAUUGCCCCAAUUGUGGAAAUGAAUUUCAGGUUUUUGAAUCUACUUUAACUGAGGAGUCACAGGUGUGUCCCUAUUGUAGUCAACCUUUUUCAGUGGUGGGUAAUGAGUUUGUAAGAAAUCCUGUGAAAUACCCGAAUGAAUCUACAUCAUUUGGUGAAGCUUUUGGCGACUUUUCUUCUCGUUCAAAAAAAGGGAAGGCUUCAUCUAGACCUGUUAUUGAUAUUGAAGCUGAGGUUAAGGAUAUCGAUUGAGGUGUCAAACUAUUCUUACUCCUUCCCUAUUGUUGUAAUGAAUAUAGAUAGAAUCAAAAUUCAGAAAUUGUGUAUUCAUAAGUUUUUGAUGUACAGAAGAAUUAUAUGAUUUGUAGCAAAAUAAUGUGAGAUUAUUUGUAUUCUUUAA